AUGAUGAAUUUAAGAAAUAUACACUUCAUUCCUCUUAUUACUAGAAGAAAUCAGAUACACAAAUGCAGCAUCUGUCGACUGAAUAGCACUGAAACAACUCUACAGCAAAUUGAUGUAAAGAGAAUUCGGAACUUCAGUAUAGUUGCUCAUGUGGACCACGGAAAAAGUACCUUAGCUGAUCGUUUGCUGGAACUGACAGGCGUUAUCAAACCAGGUAACGAGAAUGCUCAAGUUUUGGAUCAGUUACAGGCAAAAAGAGAAAGAGGAAUUACUGUGAAAGCUGUUACUGCAUCCUUAAACUAUACUUACAAUAAUGAACCUUACUUACUCAAUCUUAUAGACACCCCAGGUCAUGUUGAUUUCUCCAAUGAGGUGGUACGAAGUGUAACAGCUUGCCAAGGUGUUAUUCUCCUAGUUGAUGCAAAUGAAGGUGUUCAAGCUCAGACAGUUGCAGUACAUUCACUUGCCAAAAGGAAUAAUCUAGUCAUAAUUCCGACAUUAAAUAAGGUAGAUCUACCUAGAGCUGAUCCAGCGAAAGUUAAGGCACAACUUAAGUCAGUAUUUCAUAUAGAACCCGAUACUGUACUCAAAGUAUCUGCUAAAAAGGGUUGGGGUGUUAAAGAGUUAUUAGAAGCAAUUAUAACCAGAAUACCACCUCCAAAUAUCCAAUCAAAUGACUAUUUUCGAGCUCACAUUAUAGACACAUGGCACGAUAAAUACAGAGGUGUUUUGUGUCUGGCUUAUAUUCACUCUGGCACAUUGAAAUUAGGUCAGCCAGUCAAGUGGAAAUCAGACAUGAAACAGCAUACAGUUAAAUUUUUAGCUUUGUUGAGGCCAAAUGAAGAGAACAUUACAGAGGCUGUGGCAGGGCAAGUAGUCAUGGUAGGACUAGGUCCAAAAGGUGGUGGUAGUGUAGGAGACUCACUUCUAUCACCUGAAGCAACUAACUGUAAAGACACUGCAUCUGUGCCAGCUGUUAGGCAUAUGGUGUAUGCUGGUAUUUUCCCAGCAGAUCAGUCACAGCAUACUCAACUCAGUGAUUCUAUCAAGAAACUAGCAUUGAAUGAUUCUGCAGUCAGUGUCAGCGUAGAUUCUAGCCCAGCACUGGGACAAGGUUGGCGCGUUGGUUUCCUUGGACUUUUACAUCUGGAUGUUUUCACACAGAGAUUGUUGCAAGAGUACAAAGCAGAGGCCAUACUAACUGCUCCAUCGGUUCCAUAUAAAGUGAAAAUAAAAGGCGCCAAAGUUAUCAAGCACUAUAAAACUGACGAAGUGAUUGUUACGAACCCACUGCAGUUGCCCGACGUAAAUAACAUCGUAGAGUAUUACGAGCCGUUUGUAAUAGGUACAAUAAUUACUCCAGUGGAGUACCUUGGAGCAGUAAACACGUUGUGCAUAGACCGGCGCGGUUCACCCCUACCCUCUAGCGCAGUAGACGAACAAAUGACAAUGCUCCAAUACAUUCUGCCCCUCUCAGAAGUGGUCAUGGACUUCCACGACACCCUCAAAAGUAUCACAUCGGGGUUCGCCAGUUUCGACUACCAGGAUUAUGGUUUCCAUGCUAGUCCAUUGGUCCGGAUGGAUAUUUUGCUUAACGGUGUGUUAGUGGAUGAGUUGACGUCCAUAGUUCACACCAGUCGUCUGGAGUACAACGCACGAAAACUUACCGCUCGGCUCAAGGAGAUGAUUCCACGACAGAUGGUGCAGGUGGCAAUUCAAGCUGUAGUUGGAGGGAAAGUUUUCGCUAGAGAAACUCUGAAAGCGUACAGGAAAGAUGUCACAGCAAAGCUGUACGGUGGUGACGUGACACGGAGAAAAAAAUUAUUGAAACAACAAGCAGACGGAAAGAAAAAGAUGAGAAGUGUUGCCAAUAUAAAAAUACCUAGAAAUACUUUCAUAGAUGUUCUAAAGAGGUAG